AUGAAAAGCAAAUUGUAUGUACCAGGUGUAGGUCAAGCAGGAGUUAAUCAACUUGGUGGUGUUUUUGUUAAUGGUCGUCCAUUACCUGAUCAUGUUCGUCAACAAAUUGUUGAAUUAGCAUUACUUGGAAUUCGUCCAUGUGAUAUAUCAAGAAAAUUACUUGUUUCACAUGGAUGUGUUUCGAAAAUUUUAACAAGAUUUUAUGAAACAGGUUCUAUUCGUCCAGGAUCGAUAAAUGGUGGAAGUGGACGACAUUCAAAAAAAACCUAUGAUACUCGUAUUGAGAUCAAUAAAUGUCAGAAUUCUGGUAUUUCACCAUCAUCACACAAAUCAAUCAAUAAUAAAGAAUUAUCAUCAACUCGGACUUAUCGAUCGUUUCCAACAAGUCCCAAUCAUCUUCCAUCAAAUUCAUAUGCAACAUCAAGAUAUUUUUCAUUUCAUCAUCCUAAUCCAUUUUUUUUUCAACAUCGACCUCCACCACCACCAGCACCACCAAAUCCAUCAUCGGAUGAAAUUGAUAAAUCCGAUGAUGAUGAUGAUGAUGAUGAUGAUGAUGUUGAUGAUGAUAACAGUUCAAUAUUAUCAAUAGAAACAAAACCAAAUCCAUCAUCUUCACUUAUAAAACAUUCAAUAGAAAAUAUUUUAUCAAAUAAAGUAACAAUAAAAAAUAAACGACCAUUAUCAUCAUUUUUGAAUUCAUCACAUGAUGAACAAACAAUUAACAAACGUCAAAAAUUUAUUGAAUGUUAA